GGAGAUCCAGUCACACGCGAAAGAAGAAAACGAAGAACGAGAAAGGAAGGAGGGAGAAAGGGAGCGUGGGAGAGUGGGAGAGCGGGACGGAGGGCGUUUACCGUUCAAACCCGAACCCUCCGUUACCCACCACCAUCUCUCCCUGUCUCUCUCUCACUUUUAAUCUCGUCUGUCUGGUUCUCUUCAACACACGAAGGAGAGGAAGUCGUCUCUUUUGACCGGGAAGAAGCCGAAGCGGAGACGAGGAUGGGCUCCUGCUUUUCCGUCGCCACCAAGGUCAGCGGCUCCACCAGCAGCGGCAGCAGUCACGUCAGCAGCACCUCCUCCGGCGCCCAUCGCGUGCCCGCGCCGCCGCCAAAGCCUCGGGAGCGAUCGGAGCAUCCGGAGGAGAAGCCGUACGAGAGGGAGAAGGGGCACAGGAAGAGGCCGAGCGGCCCGCUGCCCUGCGGUAAACGCACCGAAUUCGGCUACGCCAAGGAUUUCGACGCCAGGUAUUCGAUCGGGAAGCUCCUCGGCCACGGCCAGUUCGGUUACACCUUCGUCGCCACCGACAACUCCAACGGGGAGCGCGUGGCUGUCAAGAGGAUCGACAAGAAUAAGAUGGUUCUUCCUAUUGCUGUUGAGGAUGUAAAGCGAGAAGUAAAGAUACUUCAAGCCCUUAAAGAUCACGAGAAUGUUGUGCACUUCCAUAAUGCAUACGAAGAUGAUUCCUAUGUAUAUAUUGUUAUGGAAUUAUGUGAAGGUGGCGAACUACUGGACCGAAUUUUGGCCAAAAAGGAUAGCCGCUACAGUGAGAAAGAUGCUGCUAUAGUAGUGAGGCAGAUGCUGAAGGUUGCAGCCGAGUGUCACUUGCAUGGCUUAGUACACAGAGACAUGAAGCCUGAGAACUUUCUUUUCAAAUCAACUAAGGAGGAUUCACCUCUAAAGGCAACAGAUUUUGGCCUUUCCGACUUUAUACAGCCAGGAAAAAUGUUUCGUGAUAUUGUUGGUAGUGCUUAUUACGUUGCUCCAGAGGUACUAAAGCGCCGGUCAGGGCCUGAGUCUGAUGUUUGGAGCAUAGGAGUCAUAACUUAUAUUUUACUAUGUGGAAGACGUCCUUUCUGGGAUAAAACUGAGGAUGGAAUUUUUAAGGAGGUCUUAAGGAAUAAACCUGAUUUCCGUAAAAAGCCAUGGCCAACAAUAAGUGCGAGCGCCAAAGAUUUCAUUAUAAAGUUAUUGGUGAAAAAUCCUCGUGCAAGACUAACUGCUGCUCAAGCUUUGUCACACCCGUGGGUGAGAGAAGGUGGAGAUGCAUCUGAAAUCCCAGUAGAUAUUUCUGUUCUAUCCAACAUGCGUGAAUUUGUGAUGUACAGCCGCAUGAAACAAUUUGCUUUAAGGGCAUUAGCAAGUACACUUGAUGAGGAGGAGCUAUCAGACCUCAAGGACCAGUUUGAUGCUAUUGAUGUUGAUAAAAAUGGUUCAAUCAGUUUAGAAGAAAUGAGACAUGCUCUUGCAAAAGACCUUCCGUGGAGAUUAAGAGGUCCACGCGUCCUAGAGAUCCUUCAAGCAAUUGACAGCAACACGGAUGGGCUUGUGGACUUCAAAGAAUUCGUGACGGCAACUUUACACGUUCACCAGAUGGCCGAGCAUGAUUCUGAAAAGUGGCAUCUCCGUUGCCAGGCUGCUUUUGAUAAAUUCGAUUUGGAUGGAGAUGGGUAUAUCACGCCCGAGGAACUUAGAUUGCACACUGGGUUAAAGGGUUCUAUUGAGCCGCUGUUAGAAGAGGCUGACAUCGACAAAGACGGGAAGAUUAGUCUGUACGAAUUCCGCAAACUCCUUAGGACAGCAAGCAUGAGCAAUCUUCCCAGUCCAACUGGAGUUCGAAAUCCUCACCAGCUGUAGUUAACCAAGUGGGCUUCGAAGGUACAAAGGGUGAAAUGCGAGGCUUGGAACAUCUGCUGCAGCAGCGUCUUGUUUAUUUUGUCGUUUUUUAGCCAGAUACUGUUGCCCGUGCCGUGAGCAUAUGUUUGUUCUACCCAAGCCCCCAUCAAAGUGCUGACUGCUGAGUGAGGUUUUUCUUUUCUUCUCUUUUCUUUUCUAUUCUUUUCUUCUUCUCUUUUUUUUUUUUCUUUUUUUUUUUUUUUCCUUUCCUUGUUCUUCUGUUUCAUUACGUAUUAAGGUUGUGAUUCUCAAGAUAUGACGCUUGAGGAUGCAUCAUAGGAAAGGGUGAAAGAGGUAUUUGAAUGUAACUGAAGCCGUUAGUACUUGUAAGGGACAGCUCUCUUGUAAAUUAUAUUUUCCUUGGUACGUUGAUUCUAAUUUUCUGGCUAUUAUAUUUUUAAAUGUGAACUUGUAUUUAACAUUUUAAA